AUGGAUGGAAAAGAAGUACAAGAAUGGAGGAAGGGACCUUGGACUGUUGAGGAAGACAAGUUGUUGUGUGAAUAUGUGAAGGUGCAUGGGGAAGGAAGGUGGACUUCUGUUGCCAUUGGUUCAGGAUUGAAUAGGACGGGAAAAAGUUGUAGAUUGAGAUGGGUGAAUUAUCUUAGACCUGGUCUCAAGAGAGGUCAUUUCACUCCUCAAGAGGAAGGCAUUGUCAUAGAACUUCAUGCUCUUUGGGGUAACAAAUGGUCAACCAUAGCGAGAUAUUUACCAGGAAGAACAGACAAUGAAAUAAAAAACUAUUGGAGAACCCAUUUUAAGAAGAUGAAGCCAAAAAGAAAGGCUGAAAUAAUUGCCCCAAAAACAGACAAUAACAAAACAUUGCCACCAAUUACUACCUCUGAAGAACAUGUGAAGGAGCUGAUGAAACCAUAUGAAAGAGACAAUGACUUAGCCAUGCUUUUCACAGAGCCAGCAGCCAUGGAGGAUGAACAAAGCUACUUGUCGAUGGUGUAUCAAGAUUUUGUGAUCGUCGCCGACGCCGUGGAGGAGGAGGAGAGCUUAUGGGGUGGCCUUUGGGAGGUUUCAGAAUGAUAUCAUAUGACCAAACUAUU